AUGUCCUUUCCUGUUUUUAAAAAGUCAAACUGUGAAGUAAACAAACAUGGUUGGUACGAAAUGUCAAAAUCAGUCGCUCACGGAGAGCCGCACGGUGCGGUGUCGUCGUCAUAUUGGACAAUGGUGAUUUUCCCUGUGCGAAAGUGCUUACAGGCGGCCAGGGUAGCUUUAUUAGUGGUUUUAGUGGUGACUAUUCUAACUUUAUUCGAGCAGUGGCGGGGCGGACAGCGAAAUGCAGGCGCAGCAUUCUCGGAUCCUUUAGAAGCCGCUUAUGAAAGCGAGAUUUUAGAAGAUGAGGCUCGUAUUAUUCCGGGGUUGGGUGAAGGAGGUGUCGCGGCGCACCUCAUGGGCCAUGAGAAGCAACUUGGCGAAGAAUCUGAGAAGAAACUCGCCAUAAAUGUGUAUUUAAGCGACAGAAUUCCGUACAACAGAACUCUACGAGAUUAUCGCAACCCAGCGUGCUCUCGCCUCUUGUACGAUGCUGAACUGCCUUCAGCGUCUGUCAUACUGAUCUUCCAUAACGAGCCGUACUCCGUGGUGAUAAGGACUAUAUGGAGCGUGGUGAACAGCGCCAGGCGCUCCAACGAGUGGUUCAAGCACGCCAACUAUGUAGACAAGCAGACCGGCAGGGUUACUAAGAUAGGUUCCACUGGCCAAGAUCCCAAUUCUCCCUUCGUGUACCUGAAGGAGAUCAUCCUGGUGGACGACAACUCAACGUUACCAGAGCUGAAGGGGAAAUUGAGCCAUUAUAUCAGGACGCGAUUGCCGCCAGAUCUAAUACGAAUUCUCCGUCUCCCGGACCGGAAAGGUCUGACGCAAGCCCGGAUGGCCGGCGCCAGGGUAGCCACCGGUUCCGUUCUAAUAUUCCUGGACUCCCACUGUGAAUGUGUCCGGGACUGGCUUCGGCCGCUCCUCCAGAGAAUCAAGGACAAAAGGGCCACUGUGCCCACCCCUCUCAUUGACGUCAUAGAACAGGAUAACUUCAUGUACCAGCCUGGAAAUCCUGACACCUUCGAGGUGGGAUAG